CCGGAGCUAAAUUGCACGCGUGAACGCUCUACUGGGGCAGCCCCGGUGUAGCACCGGACAAAAUUUUGCCGUGUGAACACCCCUUGAGACCGCUUAAUUCACGAAAACCAUAUGUGGACAUAGUUUACGAGCCCCUUAAAUGAGCCUCUUUGUUUGUUUAAACCUCUUUCACACUUUUCGGUGGACAGGAGACUAGAAAUGUUUGUGUUUAACUAAAUGACAUGCUUUGCAUGAUUAAUGAGUAGGCAGUGUGGGACCAUAUUGCUACAGGUUGUAUUGAGACUUGAUUAUUCUUGAAAAGACCCAUGCUAAAAUAAAAGUAACGAAUGAGGGCUGGUAUAUAUGUAACAACUCUCUAUUCAGUGGUUUGAUUUUUGCUUGUUUUGUAACAUAUCUGCUUCAUGUAACUUGUGAUCUCAGGUUUUAGACAGGUGUAACGCUUGUUUGAUUUUGCUCACCGUGGUCCAAGUAAUACUCAGGCAGUUUGUGUGAAUGCUAUUACAAAUGGAAAAUUAGAAGAAAUAUUGCUCAUGACCUUGCUGCAUGUCCACACGAAUGACUCAAACUUAAAUACUGUGGAAUAUUGCAUGUUUCAAGUAUGCCGACUCUAAUCAGAAUUUGAAAAUGCUAGCUUAAAGCUCUUCUCAUGGUCUCACCACCCGUGGGAGGGGUCGGGUGCAAUGCGAGCUGGGCGGCAGCCAAAGGCGGGGACCCUGGCGGUCCGAUCCUCGGCUGCAGAAGCUAGCUCUUGGGACAUGGAAUGUCACCUCUCUGGCAGGGAAGGAGCCCGAACUGGUGUGUGAGGCAGAGAAGUUCCGACUGGAUAUAGUCGGACUUGCCUCCACACACAGCCUAGGUUCUGGACAGCUGAGCAACGCUGUCUUGGGUGGUGAUCGAGAGGAGGUCAAGUUUGAGAUAGUGAGUGAUUGGAAAGAAAAGCCACCAGCUGUUAUAGGUGUACAAGAGCCCUCAUUUUGUGACUACUCUUGUUAUAAUGUAUUUUGUUCAUAUACCUGUACUGUAUACUGCCGUUUUUGUGUUAUUUGUGUUGUUGGGGCAUAUAUUUUUGCAUUUGACUGCAUGUGUUCUUACACAUGUAUUUUGUUAACAUACUUGCAUGUUCAUAAAGGACGUGUACCAUAGUCAUGUCCCACAUAAGGAAAUUCUGUUAUCAAGACUGAUUGAGCAACGCAACCAUGAUUUCUACUAAAGAAUACUUACUGUUGUUACUUACUGGAUGCAAAUCAUAAUGAUCCAGUUGAAAUGUCCAAAUCAGAAUGAAACAAAUUGGAUAUGCUGGGAACACUUCUGCAAUACAGUGCCUAACUCAUUUUUUCUUGCAAAGCGUUGUGGCUGGCUUCUGUGCAGCUCUGCUAAUUGAAAUGUAAACAAACUCAUGUCUGGGGGGAGGGGUGCUGCAAAAACUUCGUUUUGGAGCAGGUAACAGCCGCUGCUCUUCGUGGCCAAUGACCAAGUCAAUUAUCAAAAUUGCCACAGCCUUUUUGAACUUUGAGGUCUGCUGUGAAGGCGAGCAUGAUAAAUUUUGAGCAACAUCUACAUACAGUAUUUGAGUAACUAGGCUCACCAAUGUCACAUACUCCGCGCACACACAGUAUAUUUAAACUGACUUACAAUUUUACAAUUGUUUUUAAAGCAACAUAAUUCCAGCUCCGGCCUCCCUGUGUGGAGUUUGCAUGUUCUCCCCGGGCCUGCGUGGGUUUUCUCCGGGUGCUCCGGCUUCCUCCCACAUUCCAAAAAUAUGCAUGGCAGGCUGAUUGAAGCACUAAAUUGUCCCUAGCUGUGAGUGUGAGUGCGAAUGGUUGUUCGUCUCUGUGUGCCCUGCGAUUGGCUGGCAACCGAUUCAGGGUGUCCCCCGCCUACUGCCCGGAGACAGCUGGGAUAGGCUCCAGCACCCCCCCGCGACCCUAGUGAGGAUCAAGCGGUUAGGAAGAUGAAUGAAUGAAUGAAUGAAUUCCAAACUCUAAUAUGGCAUUUAGAUGAAACAAUUAUUUACUUAUUGAAUGCAAGUCAUAUUUUCCAGUUUCAAUGUCCAAAGCUGAAUGAAAUAAAUUGGAUAUUCUGGGGACACUUCUGCAAUACAGUACCUAACUCAUUUUUUUCUUGCAAAGCGUUGUGGCUGGCUUCUGCGCAGCUCUGCUAAUUGAAAUGUAAACAAACUCAUGUCUGGGGGGAGGGGUGCUGCAAAAACUUCGUUUUGGAGCAGGUAACAGCCGCUCCUCUUCAUGGCCAAUGACUAAGUCAAUUAUCAAAAUUGCCACAGCCUUUUUGAACUUUGAGGUCUGCUGUGAAGGCGAGCAUGAUAAAUUUUGAGCAACAUCUACAUACAGUAUUUGAGUAACGAGGAUCACCAAUGUCACAUACUCCUAAAAUAAUUACAGCAAAUAAAAUUAUAUAUAUAUGUUCACAAACACAACCGCACACACAGUAUAUUUAAACUGACUUAAAAAUUUACAAUUGUUUUUAAAGCAACAGAAUUCCAAACUCUAAUAUGGAAUUUAAUCGUUUCUUGGUUUCUUGGAAUUGGAAUUCUUUACUUAUUGAAUGCAAGUCAUAUUUUCCAGUUUCAAUGUCCAAAGCAGAAUAAAAUGAAUUGGAUUUUCUGGGGCCCUCCGUGAGUCGUCACCUUACCGUGGUGGAGGGGUUUGUGUGUCCCAAUGAUCCUAGAAGCUAAGUUGUCUGGGGCUUUAUGCCCCUGGCAGGGUCACGCAUGGCAAACAGGUUCUAGGUGAGGGGCCAGACAAAGCACGGCUCAAAGACCCCAAUGAUGAAUACAAUAAAUGGAUCUAGGUUUCCCUUGCCCGGACGCGGGUCACCGGGGCCCCCCUCUGGAGCCAAGCCUGGAGGUGGGGCUCGUUGGCAGGCGCCUGGUGGCCGGGCCUACACCCAUGGCACAGCCCGAAGAGGCAAUGUGGGUCCCCUUUCCCAUGGGCUCACCACCCAUGAGAGGGGCCAAAGGGGUCGGGUGCAAUGUGAGCUGGGCGGCAGCCAAAGGCGGGGACCCUGGCGGUCCGAUCCUCGGCUGCAGAAGCUAGCUCUUGGGACAUGGAAUGUCACCUCUCUGGCAGGGAAGGAGCCCGAGCUGGUGUGUGAGGCAGAGAAUUUCCGACUGGAUAUAGUCGGACUUGCCUCCACACACAGCCUGGGUUCUGGUACCAGUUCUCUCGAGAGGGGUUGGACUCUCUUUCACUCUGGAGUUGCUCACGGUGAGAGGCGCAGAGCAGGUGUGGGCAUGCUCGUUGCCCCCCGGCUCAGUGCCUGUAAAUUGGGGUUCACACCGGUGGACGAGAGGGUUGCAUCCCUUCGCCUGCGGGUGGGGGGACGGGUCCUGACUGUUGUUUGUGCAUAUGCACCAAACAGCAGCUCAGCAUACCCACCCUUUUUGGAGUCCUUGGAGGGUGUGCUGGAGAGUACUCCUGCUGGGGACUCCCUUGUUCUACUGGGGGACUUCAAUGCUCACGUGGGAAAUGACAGUGAGACCUGGAGGGGCGUGAUUGGGAGGAACGGCCCCCCGAUCAGAACUCGAGUGGUGUUUUGUUAUUGGACUUCUGUGCUCGUCACGGACUGUCCAUAACGAACACCUUGUUCAAACAUAAGGGUGUCCACAUUGCACUUGCACAUGCACUUGGUACCAGGACACCCUAGGCCGUAGUUCCAUGAUCGACCUUGUGGUCGUGUCAUCGGAUUUGCGGCCGCAUGUUCUGGACAGGGCGGCCCGGUAGUCCAGUGGUUAGCAAGUCGGCUUCACAGUGCAGAGGUACCGGGUUCGAUUCCAGCUCCGGCCUCCCUGUGUGGAGUUUGCAUGUUCUCCCCGGGCCUGCGUGGGUUUUCUCCGGGUGCUCCGGUUUCCUCCCACAUUCCAAAAACAUGCGUGGCAGGCUGAUUGAACACUCUAAAUUGUCACUAGGUGUGAGUGUGAGUGCGAAUGGUUGUUCGUUUCUGUGUGCCCUGCGAUUGGCUGGCAACCGAUUCAGGGUGUCCCCCGCCUACUGCCCGGAGACGGCUGGGUUGGGCUCCAGCACCCCCCCGCGACCCUAGUGAGGAUCAAGCGGUACAGAAGAUGGAUGGAUGGAUGGAUGGAUGGAUGUUCUGGACACUCGGGUGAAGAGAGGGGCGGAGCUGUCAACUGAUCACCACCUGGUGGUGAGGAGGCUCCGAUGGUGGGGGAAGAUGCCGGUCCGUCCUGGCAGACCCAAACGUAUUGUGAGGGUCUGUUGGGAGCGUCUGGCAGAAUCCCCUGUCAGAAGGAGUUUCAACCCCCACCUCCGACAGAGCUUUUCCCAUGUUCCGGGGGAGAGAGGGGACAUUGAGUCCGAGUGGACCACGUUCCGUGCCUCUAUUGUUGAGGCGGCCAAUCUGAGUUGUGGCCGUAAGGUGGUUGGUGCCUGUCGUGGCGGCAACCCUCGUACUCGCUGGUGGACACCAGCAGUAAGGGAUGCCGUCAAGCUGAAGAAGGAGUCCUAUCGAGCCUUUAUGGCCUGUGGGACCCCAGAGGCAGCUGACGGGUAUCGACUGGCCAAGCGGAACGCAGCUUUGGUGGUCGCCGAGGCAAAAACCAGAGCAUGGGAAGAGUUCGGUGAGGCCAUGGAAGCCGACUUCCGAACGGCUUCGAGGAAAUUCUGGUCCACCAUCCGACGUCUCAGAAGGGGGAAGCAGUGCACCACUAACACUGUGUACAGUGGGGAUGGAGCGCUGCUGACUUCAACUCGGGACGUUGUGAACCAGUGGGCAGAAUACUUCGAAGACCUCCUCAACUCCACCAACACGCCUUCCUUGGAGGAAGCAGAGCCUGGGGACUCUGAGGUGGGCUCUCCUAUCUCUGUGGUUGAAGUCACCGAUGUGGUUAAAAAGCUCCUCGGUGGCAAGGCCCCAGGGGUGGAUGAGAUCCGCCCGGAGUUCCUCAAGGCUCUGGAUGUUGUGGGGCUGUCCUGGUUGACACGCCUCUGCAACAUCGCGUGGUCAACAGGGAGAGUGCCUCUGGAUUGGCAGACCGGGGAGUUCUGUGGGGUGUGCUUCGUGGGUAUGGAGUACCGAACCCCCUGUCUCGGAGUUGUUUGUUCCUUUGUUGUUUGUUCACAACCCCCCCACCCCCAUAGAAUUUAUUUUGUGAUUUCCUCUCUUGAUUUUCAGUUUGGUGCAUUAGUGUUUGCUUUUCUGAGUGUCAUUGAAGUCAUCGUUCAUUUACGUUUUCUUGGGUGGUCACUCUCGAGCAGAAGGCAUGGAAACCGGGAAGGAGAAGGACGUGCCGGUCUAGUAGUCGCUUGAGUUGUGUAUAUACAGUACGUUUUAAAAAGAACCAACACGACAGCUCGUUUGUUUUCUGUCGUUUUGCUCCGCUGCAGAAACUGCCGUGUGAAGCGGCUUUGUACGUGUGAACGCUCCACACAAUAUGCUGCGGUGCAAAAUACAUCGCAACAAAAUAUAUCGUUGCAGCGCCGGAGCAAAUGUGUGCCGUGUGAACGGCCCUUUAGUCAAUCAGUUCCUACAACAGCAAAUCGCAACCGGCCCCUUGCUAGGUUCUGAUAACCUUCAAUCUUGGCUCCAGCCUCCCUGUAUGGAGUUUGCAUGUUCUCCCCGGGCCUGUGUGGGUUUUCUCCAGGUACUCUGGUUUCCUCCCACAUUCCAAAAACAUGCAUGAAAGAAUAAUAGAACACUCUAAAUUGUCCCUAGGUGUGAGUGUCAGUAUGGAUGGUUGUUCAUCCAUGCAUGUCCUUUUAGAACAGCUUUUCACAUGGCUACACUGUAAAAAUGAACUUUUGGUUUGAAAAAAAAGAUGUCUACAUUAGAGAUUGUGCAGGACAACUGCGUCUUUGUCAGUGGCUAAGUACCCACUCGUUGAUGAGUACUUAAGAAUGCAAUGGACAGUAAUUAGGGUGUGACACAUAUUUGGUUUCUGGGGGGGGGGGGGACAAAGUGGAGACUCGCUUCGUUGACGCAAAGUUUCACAUCAAGGUGAGGGGCCUGAAAUUAGCGUCUUGUAGCCCGUGAGUGUGAGACCCCUGUAUUAAAUUAAGAAACAUUUCACAUCUUUUUGGAAAGGCAGGUUGGAAAUAUAGGUUGUUAUUUCAGUAUUAUUGGAUGACUACAUUGAUAAACUACAACUUGAGCCCUUCUGACAGUUUCGUGGUAUAUUGGUUUCAAUGGCAGCACUGUUAAAUGCUCACCUUGUUGAAGUGAAGUUGUAGUCUUGGAAGUAGGAAAAAUGGACAAACAUAAAUAUGGAACAGCUUUGACAAUAUCCCAAACUGUAAUAACCGAAGCAGAGCAUUGCAUACACAGUGUAGGUGUUUUAUUUGUUUUAAUUUCUUUGAUUGAUAAAUUAAUAACUAAAGUGUUUUGAAAUGUUGUUACAAUACUUUAUGUAUUUUAGGAAUUUGUGUGAAUUUCUGAUUAUGUUAUAUGAAACGUUAAAGUGAGAAGACCAUGAAAGGGUUAAUCGUGUUUAAGUAGAAUUUUCGCUCCGAAGUUGCUGCUCUGCCCAUCCCCCGCUUUCCCCCUCGCAUCAAUUAAGAGCGGUUGGCUUCAAAGGCUGGAGGAGCGUUGUCUUCACACGAUACUUUUCGGCGCACUCAAGCCAUUUAUAUUUCUAUACCGGGACAACCAACACCAUUUGGCUUUUUGACAACAUGGAGAAAACACGGAGAAGACUGUUGUUACAAUACUUUAUGUAGUUUAAGAAUUUGUGUGAAUUUCUGAUUAUGUUAUAUGAAACGUUGAAGUGAGAAGACCAUGAAAGGGUUAAUCAUGUUUAAGUAGAGUUUUCGCUCCGAAGUUGCUGCUCUGCCCAUCCCCCCACUCUGCCCAUCCCCCCACUCUCCCCCUCGCAUCAAUUAAGAAGCGGUUGGCUUCAAAGGCUGGAGGAGCGUUGUCUUCGCGCGAUACUUUUCGGCGCACUCCAGCCAUUUAUAUUUCUAUACCGGGACAACCAACACCAUUUGGCUUUUUAACGACAUGGAGAAAACACGGAGAAGACUCGCCCCUAACCGGGAGCACCACCGUCAGAAUGAGAAUGCUCAGGUAAGUAAUCAUCCUUUCUUUGUCGAGAGACGGGUACCCGCGAAUACGAGUGUCGUCGUAACAAUCUGCGUACUGAGCACCGAAGGACUUGUUACUCGCGGCGUACUGUAAACUCUAGGUCGUCAAUUGGUUUUAAUUUAAAGCUGCUUUAUGUAGUUUUUUUUCUACACGAAGAAACAACGGCAAACUACGAACACAGCAAUUUAGGAACAACGCACAUGGCUUGCGCUCAGGCGGUUACGGCAAGGCCGCGUCGCGUUGAAUUUAUGUGGUUUAUAUUUCGGCAAAAAUGAGACAGAAAUUGUUAGUUUCUGUACUCAUACCGAAUUGAAAUAAGUAGACAAAUGAACCAGUGCUCUGACUCGCUGUAUUAUAUUAAACUAGACAUGUUUAGUCUAGCCAGAAACCAUUUUUUCUCGAGAAAACUGUAUUUUUUAAAUUAAAUACCGAAUGAAUGAGGCGGAUUGCAGGCCAACGCGAGCUGCUUUACUGUGUUUUUAAAUGCCAGUUGCUUAAUUUCACAGAGCAUCCGAAGCGUGUAUCCAACAUGAGUUUUAUCAUCACAGGUUCAAAUACUACUCUGUACCAUUUUAUUUAUUACUAUCGUAUUUUGAGUUAAUUUACAUAAUCAUAUUCAUUUUACUCUUUUUUUCUGCCUGUCAACUAAAAUGUCCAUCGAUUUUUGCCCAGUUUUUAAUUUAAUAAAUUAUAUUAUUUGUCUCUUUUCCAUGAGACUAGAAAAUGCAUGCUGAUUAACUCAUACUUUGUUUUAUUAAUGGAGGUUUUAGUUCCAUCUGGUCUACUUUCCAUCCUGUGAAAAUGUGUGACGACAAAACAUUGUCGUAUUUUCAUGAAUGCAAUUUGGAAGACAAGUGUUGAAAACAUUGGCAAAGACAGAUAAACUUUGUACAGAAUUGCCGAGAUCUAGCAUAAAACUCUUUUUCACCAUCUCAGUUGUCUACAAAAUUAACAAUUUUCCCUGUUUUUCCCUCUUCUGCCCUGAUGUGUAGGCUCAAAUGCGUAAAGCCCAACCAUCAGGUCAACAUACACCUCUUCUCAAAGAGAGGCCUGGUGCUGAGACUCAUUCCGGAGCCUUCUCCACAAGGUCAACACCAUCAUCAUCAUCAGAGGAGUCUGUGUCAUCCGCCCAAAGUGGAGAUGACCACAAACCAGCAUUCAGUGAAGGGAGGGGGUCCCGGUCGUCCAACAGCAGUGGAUCAGAAAAGGACCACAUUGAUUUGCAUGAAGCUAAGGCCCUCAAGGCAAAAUGUAAAUCAAAACAAAAAGGUAUGAAAUCGAAAGGAACAGAGAAGUUAAAUGAUGGCCAAAAAAGGAACUACCACCAAUCUUCGUGGAUGUGACACGUGCCUCAGAAAAUACGCACAAGAGAGCAAGGCCAAAAACCCAGAACUGUUGAGGUCAACAAAAUUAAGGAAGCAUGUUGCUACCUUAUGUCAGCUUCUCGACCUGAACAAUCAGGAACUCGAGCAAGUUGCUCGUUUUAUGGGACACGACAUUAGAGUCCAUUGUGAGUUUUAUCGGCAGACCGAUAAAACUUUCCAAGUGGCCAAGAUUGCCAAACUACUGUUUGCGAUGGAACGUGGGACAGAGUCGCUGAAGGGAAAGAGUCUGCAAACCCUGGACUCUGUUAUCACUGGAAGAGCACAUGCAGCCACCUCAACCAAAGGUCUGAAAAGUGGCAAAAAGAGAAGACCAGAUCCAGGGAGACGACAGGAAGCUCAAGAUGAAUGAGAAGUGCCACAUUCAGCUGUAGCAACGAGAUCUGAUGAUGAAGAUGAUGGAGGCGGUAACAGUACCAACUUGGACACUGAAAACACAGGCACCUACAAAAGGCCACCGAAGAUGCAGUCAAUUAAAGAAAGAAAUUAUGCUGAUGACGCUGAUGACGACAUGAGUGAUGUUUCUGGCAGUGAAUAUGGCGAUGGAGGGGUGUGCCAUAAGACAGUUAAGAAGACUGUCAAGAAAAAAAAGACAAUGUUGGGAAGACAUGGAUUGGUCUAUGACGCAUCUUUCACACAUGGCCAAGAACAACCAUCAACAUCAGGGAGCGCCACCAAACGAAAGAGGAUUGCAACACUUACACAUGACGACGAUGAUUUUGAAGACAGCGGUGAAGAGGACAAAAAGACUGGACACAGAUCUCUUGGGAAGAAGAAGACAGCAGUUCGAAAAGAACAUAGUGAAGUUGAAUUGGAAACUAAAAAAAGGAAGAGACCCGGACUCCAAAGGAAAGAGCAGCAAUUGAUCGACACCUUUCAAAAUUUGUAGCAUUAAAGAAAGUUCCAAGGAAAGAUGACUGCGUUAAGUGUCGUAGUCAAGCAUCGCCAGACCUUGAAGACCGCACAUGGAGAGAUAUUCCACAAUGAAAUUAUUAAAAGAUAUGUAAUUGGGAAAAAAGCUUGAAGAUGAAAGAUAGAGAGAGGGAGAGACAUAGGGGGGAGAUAGAUGAAGGGAGAGAGGGAAUGGGAUGAGAGAGAGGGGAGAAAAGGAAUAGAGUUUGAAAGCACAGUUAUUUGGUAGGGUAUAUGUGGGUUCAUGUGUCAGGUUGUGGCGCAGCAAGUUUUUUUAGUGUGCGUUUUGAAGGUUGAAGUUUUUCAGGUGUUCUUGUAAGUUUUGAAUAAGAGUACUUUUGUUUGUCAAAAAUAAAUCAUAAAGUCAAGUCAGCUUUUAUUGUCAAAUAUGCUCUCUGUGUAAUGUACAGCACAGAUUAAAAUACUUUCCUCUCUCAGCCACAGUGCAAACAUGUGGCGUAUUGAACACACAAAUAUCAGAACUAAAUAAAACUAAAUAAAUGACAGUACCCAUAAAUUAAUGGUGAUAAACUGUUUAAAAAUAAUAUAUCUGAUUAUAAAUUUACAUCAUUAAAUGUUUAGUAAGGUGAACGGCACCUAAUCUACUUCAAAAUCAUUAAGAACGCAUGGCCAGUGCCCGGUCCUCACUUAUCUAGUUAAAAACUUUUUCUUAACCUUUGGUGUUUUAUUUAAUCUAAAGGAAUGUAUUGCCUAAGGGCGCCCUCCUGUGUCUAGAAAUGUGUCUUUUUCAUUUCUUUUUCAAGCAGAAAGGGUGGUCCUCGCUUUGUAGGCCUUUUUACUCGGUCCUCACUGUGCAGCAAGUGCAGGAAUGUGUGUGUGUGUGUGUGUGUGUGUGUGUGUGUGUGCGUGUGUGUGUGUGUGUGUGUGUGUGUGUGUGUGUGUGUGUGUGUGUGUGUGCGUGUGUGUGUGUGUGUGUGUGUGUGUGUGUGUGAGAUGUGUGCGUAGGUCUGGGUUGGGUGGGUGAGAUUCCGUUGUCGACAUCUUAUCAACAGGAUUCGACCUACACACUUGCAGUACAUUAUCAUCUGUGUUCAAGAGUCAAUGUUAAUAUCUUUAUACAAAAUGCACAAGGAUGUUCAAGAGUGGGUAUCAUCAUCCACACUUAAAUCUCAUGAAUAAUGUGGUCCUCCAGGCAAUGUCAGUAAGAUGACAAACAAACAUUCACGGCUGACUGCCAGGUUGGAUUACUUGCGCAGUUGUGACACUGGCAUCAGUUUUCGUUGUGACAAGCACCACUCAACAGGCAGUCAACAUAUGAGCAGCCAGUUGGCCUUAGGAAGACAAGCAGUGAAGCAUGAUGAGAAUGGAAAGAAACUGGAUGCUGCAAAGACAUGGGUUUGGCAGGAAACAUUUGAUUAUUGAAAGCAAUCAAAACUACAAAUACAAAUCCUGGAGGUGACUCAGACACAGAAACUAUUUGCAUGAGUCUAUGGCUCCCCAGAAUUGAAUGAGAUACAUUGACACUACACUAUUCAGAAAUGCUCAAAAGUAACCCACUUUUAGAAUUUCUUUACCUUAUUCAAUAAACGUAAGCUUUAAGCAUUUAGCUUAAUUUAUUUUUGACUUAAUUUAUUUUUGACGAAGAUAAGGUCUGAAUAGACCUUACCAUAGAGGCUGAGGCG